AUGGCGUACCGCCUAAACCUAUUCCAAUCUCUUGUCUCUGUUCUUGUCCUCUGUAAACCUAUCUUGGCUCUCGAUUUUGGUCAGUGGUACAGCGCUGGCAACUCAGACUUACUCGCGCCUCGUCUGUACACAGAGCAUGACCUCAAACGCAAGGGGCUAAGCGAUCAUGUCAGCUUUCAUCCCGAAGGUGCCUCCGAAGGCUUCUACUGCCAUUACCCCAACUUAAAGUCGAAGGAAUGGGAAGCCUGCAAUGAUGGGGCCGAUUCAAGAUGGUGCUGGUUGAGACAACUUCAAGCUCAAGAGGGCGAGUCACAUCCCAAGGGAUACACCGUCACAACCAACUAUGACAACUUUGCUCCUAUUGGAAUUCAGAGACAUUAUCACAUGGACAUUUCCAAGCAGACCAUUGCCCCCGAUGGUACCCCUCGAGAGGCCCGUCUCAUGAACGGCACGUAUCCCGGAGCCAUGAUCGAAGCCUGUUGGGGCGACACAGUCAUCGUCCAUGUGACCAACAACCUCGACGACGAAGGCAGCGUCAUUCACUGGCACGGUCUUCGUCAGUUCUACAACAACGACCAUGACGGCGUGGCCCUGACGCAGUGUCCUAUUGCCAGGGGUUCCACGUGGACCUACAACUUUACUUUGCUGCAGUAUGGGACAACCUGGUAUCACAGCCAUUACAUCUUGCAGUAUGCCGAUGGCGUCCUUGGACCGAUCGUAGUCCACGGUCCAGCCAGUGCUCCCUACGACGUUUCCCUCCCGUCGCCCCACUUCAUGUCGGACUGGGUGUACAGGAAGGCGGAGGAAGAGUUUGACAACGAGAAGGAUCCGGUGGUCCGUGGAUCCAAGGCAGACAAUAUCCUAGUGAAUGGCAUUGGCAGAAGCAAAGAAGCCGUGGCUGCUUACAAUGGCGAAGACAUUCGAUCGUUGUACCCCAUCACUGAGAUCCUUCCGGGGCAGAGGGUCCGUUUGCGAUUGAUCAAUGGAGCCGCUGGAACAUCGUUCAUCUUUUCCAUUGACGGACACGCGUUGGAGAUUAUUGCCAAUGAUCUGGUGCCUGUCGAGCCAAAGAUCGUUGACUCGCUUCUUGUCGCCAUUGGUCAACGAUACGAUAUCAUCAUCCACGGCCUUGACAACCCUUCCCCAUCAGGUAACUACUGGAUCCGCACCCAUCCCGCUGACGGGUGCAACACGUUCCGCAACGGUCUCUUCAACAGCACCGACAGCACCAACGAGGACCCCCUCGACCCCCGCACCGGCAUCCUGCACUACGGCCACUCCUCCGCCACUUACUUGUCCCUUCCCGACACAACCGCCAACACCAUCACCGACUUCUCCUGCGCUCGCAUCUCCGAGCAAACCUCUCUCCGGCCCGUAGUCCCCUGGUCCAUCUCCACCACCCCUCUCAACAACCUCACCUUAUCCACCUUCUACCCCUCCCACCAGACCGAAAACGACGUGCCCUACGGCAACUACACCCACUGGCUUCUCCGCCUCGACCCCCUCGUCGAGAAACAAGGCGGUGUCAGCUUCCACAACCCCUUGUUCGCCAACUUCAGCACCCCCUCCCUCCUCGACUUCACCAGCAUCGGCCAAGGCGAGAACGACAACGUCAUUCGCCUUCCGUACUCGUCCAACUCGACCGACUUCAUCCACAUGGUCAUCGACGGAUCUCUCCUCCCUUCCACAAACCAAACAGACCUCGACCCGGACGUGAUCCCCUUGCUUGCCCACCCGAUGCACUGGCACGGCUCGGACGUUGUCUUGCUAGCCCAAAGCGAGCAGCCAUUUGACCCGGCGACGUCGAUGGAUACGUGGAACUAUGAAAACCCCCCGAGAAGGGAUACCAUCAUGGCGCCCGCCGGUGGAUACGUGGCGGUGGCGUUCAAGCCGGAUAAUCCGGGGGUGUGGUUGGUGCAUUGCCAUAUUGCGUGGCAUGCGAGCGCGGGGUUGGCGCUGCAGAUGGUGAUUGAUGAUGGGAAGGGGCUGGUGGAGAAUAUGUUGGCGGGCGAGAGGAUGAAGAGGUUGGAAGGGGGUUGUGAGGAGUGGAAGGCCGAUCUGGGGAAGGUGGUGGAUUAUGAGAAGGAGGAGUCGGGUGUCUAA